ACCACACUUUGAAACAAUAAAAGCCCUUUGCUUCGAAGUUUGGUGGCGAUUCGCUUCUUUUUCUUCUCCGUGUUUGCCGAACCACCAGCGAUGGCCGACCCAAGUGAAAUUCCAUUAAACCCCUCAAUGCCACCCGCCGUCCAAAUUCAGAGUCGAUCUCCACCGCCAGUCCAACCCCAGAUUCAACCUCUACCGGACCUUUUCUCCACCUCCAAGCGCCGCCGCGAGGAACAAGACCCGUCUGCGGCCGGGGAGACCGGAGAAUCGGCACCGAAACGACAGGCCAAAGCCCAGGACGUCAUUUUCCGUAUCGUGGUCCCUUCAAGACAGAUCGGUAAAGUCAUCGGCAAAGGAGGCCAUAGAAUACAAAAGAUUCGUGAAGACACCAAAGCCACCAUCAAGAUUGCCGAUGCAAUUGUUCGACAUGAAGAACGCGUCAUCAUAAUAAGCUCUAAAGACAACGAUAAUACGAUUUCUGAUGCGGAAAAUGCGCUUCAGCAAAUAGCUAGCGUAAUCCUAAAGCAGGAAGAUGAUAGUAGUACAGAGACAGCAAAGGUAGGUGCUGUCAGUGUGGGACAUGUGGCUGCGAAUACUAUGAGACUUUUGAUUGCUGGAUCGCAAGCAGGCUGCCUAAUUGGGAUGUCUGGUCAAAACAUCGAGAAAUUAAGGAGUUCGUCCGGAGCUUCAAUUACAAUUCUUGCUCCAAACCAGCUGCCUUUGUGUGCAUCUGCUCAUGAAUCCGAUCGAGUUGUUCAGAUAUCAGGCGACGUUCCAGCAGUAUUGAAGGCUUUGGCUGAGAUUGGUUAUCAACUCAGGGAAAACCCACCACGGCAAGUGAUUUCUAUUAGUCCAGCGUAUAAUUAUAGCUUACUUCGCCCAGCUCAGCCUCAGCCGUAUGUGGACCCAACUUCAGCUGAUUACGUAACUUUCGAGAUGGUGGUUUCGGAGACAUUUAUUGGUGGAUUAAUCGGCCGAUGUGGCUCCAAUAUUUCAAGGAUCAGAAUUGAGUCUGGAGCAACUAUAAAGGUUUAUGGUGGGAAAGGAGAACAAAACAUGAGGCAUAUUCAGUUCAGUGGGAGUUCGCAGCAGGUUGCCUUAGCAAAGCAGAGGGUUGAUGAAUGCAUUUAUUCUCAGAUGAUACAACAAGCUGGGACUCAACAACCAGGUUUGCAGAUGUAAACUACAAGGAAAAUGAUCUCUUUUGAUCAUUAAAAGUUCAAGGCCACUGUGAUCUCAGUGUUGCACCUCAUGGCUAUGUAACUAAAGACUGCAAGCCCUUAUGUUGGUGGCUUUUCUCUGCUUGGAAUGAUGACAAGUGAUGUGCCUGAUUUUAGUUUGUUGUUUUUCACAUAUAGAGUAGGCUUGUAUUCUACUAAUGAUUGAAGAUUAGAACAACUAAAUUGACAGAAAUGAUUAAGCUGUGAAAUUGAAUUGUUCAUUGUUACU